AUGUCUAUUAAGUUAAAUUCAGGAUAUGAAAUGCCAUUAGUUGGCUUCGGUUGUUGGAAAGUCGACAAUAAUACUUGUGCUGACACCAUUUACAAUGCCAUUAAGGUAGGAUACAGAUUAUUCGACGCUGCCCAAGAUUACGGUAAUUGUAAGGAGAUUGGUGAAGGUAUCAACAGAGCGCUUAAGGAAGGUUUAGUAGCUAGAGAUGAAUUGUUCAUCACUUCCAAGCUUUGGAAUAGUUACCAUGACCCAAAGCACGUUGAAUUAGCUUUGAAAAAAGUAUUGAGUGACAUGAAUUUGGAAUACCUUGAUUUAUUUUUAAUUCAUUUCCCAAUUGCUUUCAAAUAUGUUCCAAUUGAAGAAAAGUACCCACCAGGAUUCUACUGCGGGGAUGGAGACAAGUUCCACUAUGAAAAUGUGCCAUUGGCAGAAACUUGGAAGGCAAUGGAAAAAUUAACCAAAUCCGGAAAAGUCAAGUCAAUUGGUAUCUCCAAUUUCUCAGGUGCUUUAAUAUACGACUUGUUAAGAGGUGCCGAGAUUAGACCAGCCGUCUUACAAAUCGAACACCACCCAUACUUACAACAACCAAGAUUAAUUGAAUACGUCCAAUCUCAAAAUAUUGCUAUUACUGCAUACUCAUCAUUUGGUCCACAAUCUUUCUUGGAAUUAAAACACUCUAAAGCUUUGGAUACUCCAACCUUAUUUGAACACAAAUCUAUUAAGUCGAUUGCCGAUAAGCAUAAGAAAACUCCAGCACAAGUCUUGUUAAGAUGGGCUUCUCAAAGAAACAUUGCUAUCAUUCCAAAAUCAAACAACCCAGACAGAUUAUUACAAAACUUGGAAGUGAAUGAUUUCAAUUUAGAAAAGGAAGACUUCAAUGAAAUCUCUAAGUUAGAUCAAGAUUUAAGAUUUAAUAACCCAUGGGAUUGGGACAAGAUUCCGAUCUUUGCUUAA